AUGGAAGCGAAUGCGCAGCCGGAAUCCGCGAUUGGGCCAAUCCUGGAUCGUCAUUUCACGCACCAGAUCAUGGAACGAGUUGUCAACUGGGCUAUUUCUGCACCGCACUUCUUAACACCAACAUGCCAAGUUAAUUUAAUUCGAUUAUAUGAAAUAAUUGUUGGUGAAAGUCACACACAAAAUCACUGCUUGUUGGUGCACAAACCGAUACUUCUGCCGCUUCUCAAAUUGCUGGAAUGGUGUCGAAGGAGCUCCGAGCAACGGAAUUUCAUGCCUUCCAAUACAGACAAACACUUUGUCCUACUUCUCAAUCAGAUAUGCACAAAAUUGGCGGAAGAUGCGACUCUGUUACAUUUCUUUUUCAAUUUUGGCAGUGAUUGCGAUGAGCAGUUUUUGGUGUUCAGUCUUCUCAUUCCAUAUCUCUACGAUUCGGGUGAUGUUGGGCAGCUAGCACGCGAUGCCUUACUUCUCAUACUUUCCGUUUCACGACGGCUAAAGCACAUUGCUGCAUUCAUCGCAAUCAAGUCGAAUUUUUGUCCGGUAGUUGCGACGGGUCUUUCGGGUUGCUUCUCACAGUUGUCACGUUCAAUUGGCUCGAUGUUAUACGUGAGCGAUGAUUGGCAUAAAAUAAAUGCGGAAGAUGUGGAAUGUUAUCCGAGUCUUCUCGACUUUCAUUCAUCGCUGCUCUUUUGUAAUGCUGUUGUACAGGUUGCGCAUAGCUAUGUUGUUUCGCAAGUGAUCACUUACGUUUAUCACGGGUUCUUGCUUCCUGUCGUGCUGCCUUCGUUGCUGCAGGGUGGACAAGAUGAACUGAUCUCGUCAACGGCUUAUUAUCAUCUUUGCUUGGAAAGUGUCACUGAGCCGACUCUCAUACAAAUGAUUGUUAAGUUACUACUUGUGGAAAGGUGUGAAGGCAAUAAAAAAGUGCUAGAUGUGAUCGUGGAAAGGAUAUCAGCUGGAAAUCGGCUCAGUCAAGUAAGCUUAUCACUACUGAAGACUUUGGUCGAUUUACGCUGCGAAGAUAUCAUGUUUGAUCUCGUUUUCAAAUAUCUUAUUCCGUGCACAUUUUUACAACCUAAUCAGUUGUUAUGCUCUCAACAAACCCUAAGCACUUAUCUGAAUGAGUGCCGCGAGUAUGUUCAACAGACAGCAAAUGCCUGUUCGGAGGAAUGGGCCUGGAACUACGACGGCCAUUGUCCGCCGAUUCCGCGAUUGAAACUGAGCUCGGAUGAUGAAAGCAGUUAUAGCUGUAAUGGAGCAUUUGCUCGACAGUCUUCGGUGCGCUUAUCCAUGGCUUCAGCCCGAAAUGGACUAAACCGAUAUUUCGUAAGUCGAAGUGCACAUAUCACCGCCGAAAGUUUACACCAACAUACACCGUUACCUGAACUGGGUGAAAAAGAAUCGUCCAGAAGUAGUUUCCCAUACGAUAUCCCAGAUUCUUCGGGUGUCGAUGAUGAGGACAUCGAUUUAAUCAUACCACCGCUAACGUGAGU